CUUUCUGCUCUUUUUCAUCAGAAGGAAUUUUGCCCUUCGCCGCAGCUGGGUUUUCUUUGGGAUUCCUAAUUUUUGUUAUUACUAUUUUACGGUGUGAGAAGAGGCAGGAGCCGACAGGCGUUGGAAAUGGGGUCUAAAGAGCAUUUCAGCACAAAAAUCUUCGCGGCAACUGUCUGCCUAUCGCUUCUUCUGUGCCCCCGGGUGAGCUGUGCGAAGACGCGCUGGAGACGAGCGGCUCACCUGAAACUGAUGGAAAAAUACGAUGACUACGAGUACCCCCUUCAUUCUCACGGCGCGCCCUACCAGAAGAACGACCGCUGCCCCCCUCCACCGCAGACCUUACCAGACCGAGCCUGCGAGGUGCCCAGCUGCCGAUCAGACUCGGAGUGUGAGAGGCACAAGCGUUGCUGCUACAACGGGUGCAUCUAUGCCUGCUUAGAGUCGGUCCCGCCACCCCCAGUUUUAGAUUGGCUGGUACAGCCCAAGCCACGUUGGCUAGGUGGAAAUGGCUGGCUACUUGACGGACCGGAGGAAGUCUUACAAGCCGAAGCAUGCAGCACCACCGAGGAUGGAGACGAGCCUCUCCACUGUCCGACAGGAUACGAAUGUCACAUCAUUAAUCCCGGCAAUGCUGCCGAGGGCAUCCCCAACAGGGGGCAGUGUAUCAAGCUACGUGGUAACUCUGAUGGAUGGAAUCUGAGACCUAAAUAUUACAAGGAGUAUUUUGGAACGAAUUCCAAUAAUGUCGUGGGUUAUGUGAAACAACAGCAGAAGCACCUUGGUUAAUUCAAGCAAAGGUUCAAGGAGAAUUGUCCCAACAAGUGGAUCAUAGAGAUGUCUCAUCUUCUACUGCAACCAGCAGGCCUUCCCCAUAUCUCCUCCUACAGUCUAGGUCCUUGCUUUAUUUACUUCACCCUGGUCCAUCACCAUGACUUCUUCUAAGUCCAGCUUUGCUCUUCACCUUUGGUUCUCAGCUUGGCUUCACCUCCUGGCUUCAUGGUUUGGACAAGACAGCCUCACAUCUGGCUCUAGUGUUCAUUUGCUGGAUUCUUUCUAAACACACAGCUGCUAAUCCAGUUUUUAUCCUCCAAUUGUAGAUUCUCUGUAUCAUACUUCCUUAUAGCUCAGAGACCAGUGAUAAAGCUCAGAUGGACAACUCAGU